AUGGCCGCGGCCACGAGACCUCGUACGCCGUCGCAGGAUGUGUUUAAUCCCGCCCCCAUCACUUCUCAUCUGCACGGCGCCACCCGUGGUUAUGGCUCUCGACCUAACUCUUUCGUCGCAACAAAUUCAAUUCAGCCUACCGACUUCCAGGUCCGAAUGGGCCCUGAUGACACGGCCCCCAUGCCCCAUCAGUCUCGUUUCCAUGAAGAGCUAGGCGGGCGGGACUCCGUCUUUAUGGACAGCCAUCUCAUCGACGACAUACCGCAUAAUGAAUCUGAGGUGUCGUUUUCGCAAACUGCGCUGCCAGCGCGCUCCUCGACUCUGAAAAAGAAAGCAUCGCUAAGCAAGAAAGGAAGCCUGCGGCGUGGCGGAAGCAAGCGGAGUAGCCGCGCGGGAAGCGUAAGGAGCUUAAAAUUAGGGGAGAAAGAAAAGUACGGGGUGGGAGAGGAUGAUAUAAACAGUGCUUUCUAUAUUCCUAUUCCAACAAAGGGUUCGCCAACGGAUGUGUUAGCUUCCAGAAUUCAAGCAUGGCGUAAAGUACUUAAGGACCUUAUCGCGGUUUUUCGCGAUAUUCAAAAAUCCUACGAACAAAGAGCGAAAAUUCUUCUCUCCACUUCAAAUGCAAUGAGCAAUCUCCAAUGGCCCUCUACUUUUCUCCAAUCCGACGGAAUCGGAGAGGCAACCAACAUCUUAAAGUCAUAUCACAAACAGGCACUACUCGAAUGUAAUAAAGCUAAAGAUGUCCAAUACGGCAUAGUCGUGCUUUUAAUAAACCUGCGGGAUGAUUUACAGAACAAAAUAAAAGAGAUCAAAAACCUGGCUGGUGAUUUUAAGAAUUCUGUUGACAAGGAGAUGGAGGGGACGCGUAAGGCUGUACGAAACCUGCACGAGGCCUUGGGCCUUGUUGAUACAGAUCCUGCAGCUACGUCUGGAAAGGGAGACCCAUUUAUCAUAAAGCUAGGUGUCGAGAAGCAGCUGUCAAAACAGCUGAUAGAAGAAAAUUACCUGCACAGAGCAUAUCUUAAUCUGGAGAACUCCGGCCGUGAAUUAGAAUCGAUUGUUGUAGGUGAAAUACAAAAAUCAUUUAACGCGUAUGCCAGCAUCUUGAAGCGCGAUGCAGAUUCCGCAUAUGACGCCAUUGAACGAUUUCGAGAAGGCCCGUUGUCUAUGCCCCAGGAUCGUGAAUGGAACACUUUCAUCAGCCAAAACGAUCAGAUGAUUGACUCAAGCAUACCCAUGCGGAAUGUUCGGAACAUCACCUAUCCUGGCAUUGACCAUCCCGCUGCGGCGGAAAUUCGAGCCGGAAUGCUAGAACGAAAAAGCAAGUAUCUCAAGAGUUAUACACCAGGCUGGUAUGUCUUAUCUUCAACUCACUUACAUGAGUUCAAGUCAGCGGAUCGCAUUAGAUCUCAAACUCCAGUGAUGUCGUUAUACCUACCCGAACAAAAGUUGGGGUCCCAUUCGCAGCCAGAAUCGUCAUCACACAAGUUUAUGCUCAAAGGACGGCAAACUGGUUCACUGCACCGGGGCCACGCUUGGGUCUUCCGGGCAGAAUCUCACGAUACCAUGCUUGCUUGGUAUGAAGACAUCAAGAACCUAACGGAAAAGACCGGCGAAGCCCGGAAUGCUUUUGUUAGAAGACACGUGCGGUCUGUCAGUGGAAUAAGCUACAGAGCUGCGUCCAUCAGCAGCGAUGGGGUGCUAGAAGAGGAUGAAGCCGAUGCGAUGCCCUUUUCUUCAGAGCAGAUGGUAUCUACUCGUGGAGUAUCGAUGGAUGAGCCUCGAUGGCGUGCGCACCCAGGCGGAACAUUUCCAAGUCAAGUGCAGCUGAACAGGACGUCACAAAUACCCGAGUCGAUCAGCGAGUCAAGCUCUCGAGACCCCGACUCCUCUCACCAGGCUGGUACAAAUAUGGUAGACCAGCAGCAUCAACACCAACCGCACGGGCUGUCGGAUCCCCCUGAAACUUCAACAAACGCAGUGCAGAUCAACACGCGAACCAACUCCGUCCGAUCCAGAACAUCCAAGAAGUCAAGCCGUCUAUACGACGAAUGGCUCGCCAACGGCGCCCUGCCCGCCGGCCUGCACCACCGCAGCAGCCUCAACCGGAAAAGCACCACCCCAACACCCCAGCUCAGCCGCAACGGGACCCGUAUCCGGUCCAUCGCCGCCUCUACUGGCGCGCCCAUCAUCGUGCCCGACAUCACCCCUUCGCCCACCACCAACCACCGCCGCCCCAGCGCCCCCGACCCCGGCCCCGACCUCGCGCUGUCGCCGUCCUCCACCCAGCCCACCAGUCUCAACACCAAAACCAACCCGAGCCUCACCACCACCACAUCCAUGGGCGCCCCCAGCAGCGUUGCUCCUGCAGGGCAAGCCCCGGUUUCUAAUGGCGCCGGCGUGCUGGGCCCCGCUUUUGCAGACCUACGUGACGUAGACGGCAUGGCGGAACGACGUGGUGACGCCGAUGAUGUCUCAGCCGUGCAGCGGCCGAUGCUGCCACCAGCUCGAACGUCGACGGUCAGCGAUUUGAAAGUGCCGGGCCAGUAUCCCAUAACGAAUAACACUUGA